AUGAAUCAAUCAUCAAUAUUUCUUCCCAGAUUCUUGGGCUGGACUUCCACUUUCUCACUCUCCGUACACUCUGAUGAACAUCCAUUGCCUGAGUUUUUCUGCUCACCAUCAUUCAAAAGCUCCAAACCCCUCAUGGCUUUCUCUGCAUACAAAAUGCUUCGACCCCAAAAUUUUGGCCGUGGCUUCAGCUAUUAUUCUCAGUCGAGAUCGAAACAAUCACUCAGUUGGAAUAUUUUAGAAGCAAAGAAAAAUAAAUUUCUCAUUGUCGGAAUGAAAGGUGACAAAAAUGGUAAUAAGGGUGUGAAAAAUUGCAGAAAUAGGGGAAGUUUUGGUGGUGCAGUUGCUCUUGUUAUUGGGACAAGUAUUGGCUCUGGGAUUCUUGCUCUUCCAAGCAAAACUUCUCCAGCGUAUUCACCUGAUAAGCAAAGUUUGGAAAAGCUGAAAAUAAGGCAUCUCUUUAUAAGACAAGAACAAGGGACUAUUUCCAAGUUCAGUAUCAUUGACAAUGUGUUGGGCAUUUCUGUUAAUCGAAGCUCUGUUGCUAAAAUCAACGUCGGCUUACAAAAGAAGAAGAAAUACAAAGAAAACAAAGACGACACAUUAGAGGUAAUGUCUAUUAGAACCAUGUCCCAGGAGACACUUGGAGAAUUUGGUGGGGCCUUAGCAACCAUGACAUAUGUACUCUUAGGUUACACUUGUGUGAUAGCCUACUGUUCCAAAUCGGGCGAGAUCAUACAUCGUUUGAUUGGCUUCUUUCCGGAGCCGAUUUGUGGAGCUUUAUUUGCGUUGUUAUUUACAGCUCUGAUUUCUGUGGGAGGAAUACGAGCAACUGAUCGAGUGAACCAGUGGCUAACUGUGAUCAUGAUAGGUCUGCUCAUAUCAAUCGAGGCUCUAGCCGUGGUGUUCGGAGGUUGGUCUAGCUUCGAGGGAAGCCAUUGUGACUGGGGAAAAGUUCCGGAAACUUUUCCAGUAAUGAUAUUCACGUUGGUUUAUCACGACUUAGCUCCAGUUUUAUGUGCGUAUUUGGAUAAUGAUCUUUCGCGUAUAAGGGCUUCGGUUUUCAUCGGGAGUGUGGUGCCAUUGGUAGCAAUUCUUAUUUGGGAGGCCAUAGCUAUUGGCCUUUCCACCCAAGCUGAUCAAACUUCUGAUCCAAUUGAGUUGCUUUUAAAUGUGAGAUGGGGAGGAGUCCCGUUUAUGGUCGAGGCAUUUUCGCUUCUUGCAGUCGGGACUUCAUUACUCGGCACACUUUUGGGCUUCUCGGAGUUUUUCAAAGAGCAACUCAAUAUUCUUUCCUCGGAUUUUCCAUCAGCACGGCUUCGUGAGAAAUCGAACUCAUCUGCUGACAUCAGCAAUUGGUGGGAGAGAAAUAAAUCUAGUGUAACAGCAAUGGCAAUGGCAGUUGUACCUUCACUUCUCGUGUCGACAACUGUACCAGAUGCAUUCUCCACCGCCACAGAAAUUGCUGGAGGCUACUGCAUGACAGUGUUAUAUGGAGUUCUUCCUCCAGCCAUGGCGUGGGCCAUGAACGAGAAGCGAUUAGGCCGAAAAAUCGAACGAACGCCAAUAUUGACAGCAAGGCCAGCACUCGUUGGUGCAGGACUAUUUGCUUGCGCGAUUGUGGCCGAACAGAUUUUUCAAGAUUUCUCUUUUUUGUUUCCCUGAAAAUUAAAAUCACCAUACAAGUUCAUAUUGUGUAGCAGUCAUUAAUAAUUGUUUUUUCACUUUUCUUGUAGCAAUUCUUCUUCAGGGUUUGUAAUUUGUAAUUAUCAGCUUUGUCAUUGAGUUAUUAUUAUCCUCUAAUGACAAAAAAUUUCAUCUUUAUGUUAAUGUAAAUAUAAUAUUGUCUUUGUCAAAG